AUGGUACCUCCCAUCCAGCCAUGUAAGCUCUUCCAGGGUACUGGAAGUUUCAGCAACACUUCCAGUGGGCUUGCCAGGCUCCUGCCAGACUCUUGGCUCAGCUCUUGGGACUCUGAGGCUUCGGUAUAUGAUGGCUCCACCCUCGCAGCCUUUGAGGACGUGGUGGUGGUCACCAUCCAGUACCGCCUCGGUGUCCUGGGAUUCUUCAGCACUGGAGACCAGCAUGCCAGUGGCAACUGGGGCUACCUGGACCAAGUGGCUGCACUGCGCUGGGUGCAGCAGAACAUCGCCUACUUUGGAGGCAACCCUGACCGGGUCACCAUAUUUGGUGAGUCCGCGGGAGGCACUAGUGUGUCCUCACAUGUGCUGUCACCCAUGUCGCAAGGACUCUUCCAUGGAGCCAUCAUGGAGAGUGGGGUGGCUGUGCUGCCUGGCCUCAUCUCCAGAUCAUCUGAGAUGGUUUCCAUGGUGAUGGCCAACCUAUCUGGCUGUGGCCAGGUGGACUCUGAGACCCUGGUGGGUUGCUUGCGGGCCAAGAGUGAAGAGGAGAUGCUGGCAGUAACCAAGCCCUUUAAGAUCAUCUCUGCAGUGGUGGAUGGCAUCUUCCUGCCCAGAUACCCCUAUGAGCUGUUGGCCUCUGCUGACUUCCAACCUGUCCCCAGCAUCAUUGGUGCCACCAAUGAUGAGUAUGGCUGGAUCCUCCCCAAGUUCUUCACUGCCAGAGACCCCUCGGAUGAAAUCGACAGAAUAGCCAUGGAGACACUAAUACAUCAGUCAUCUGAGCAGUGGAUGCUGCCUGCAGGCAUAAGGGAGCAGCUGGUGGACCAGUAUCUAGGGGACAAUGAGAAUCCCAAGACCCUCAUGGCUCAUUUCCAGGAGAUGAUGGCCAAUGCCCUCUUCGUGAUGCCUGCACUCCAUGUAGCACGUUUACAACGUUCCCAUGCCCCUGUCUACUUCUGUGAGUUCCAACAUUCACCCAGCUUCAUGAAGGACUUCCGGCCACCCCAUGUGAGGGCAGACCAUGGUGAUGAAGUUGCCUUUCUCUUCAGAUCCGUUUUUUUCGGGACAAAAGUGACUCUCACUGAGGAGGAGGAGCUGCUGAACAGGAGGAUGAUGAAGUACUGGGCCAACUUUGCUCGUACUGGGAACCCCAAUGGCGAAGGCCUGCCACACUGGCCCAUGUUGGACCAGGAGGAGCAGUACCUGCAGCUGAACACACAGCCUGUUGUGGGCCGGGCCCUGAAGGCCCACAGGCACCGGUUCUGGAUGCAGACUCUGCCCGAGAAGGUGCAGGAGCUGAUGGGGGCUGAGCAGAAGCACGUGGAGCUGUAGUUGCCCAUGUCUAGAUGA